AUGAAACAUGUGGAAGACAGAUUUGGUGACAGUGUGCAAGAAGAGGUGCUUCUGCUGUGUCUGGGCAUUACUUCAGGAAUUGGCCGAUUGAUCUUUGGCAGAGUUGCGGAUUAUAUUCCUGGUGCAAAAAAAGUUUAUUUACAGGUGACAUCAUUCUUCUUUAUUGGCUUGAUGUCGAUGAUGAUUCCAGUGUGCCACGUCUUUGGAGGUCUCAUUGCUGUCUGUCUCUUCAUGGGCCUGUUUGAUGGGUGUUUCAUUUGCAUUAUGGCUCCUAUUGCCUUUGAGCUUGUUGGGGCUCAGGAUGUCUCCCAGGCCAUAGGAUUUCUCCUUGGACUCAUGUCAAUACCUAUGACAGUUGGUCCACCCAUUGCAGGUUUGCUUCGUGAUCGCCUCGGUACCUACGAUGUGGCAUUCUACCUGGCUGGAGUCCCCCCACUUAUCGGCGGAGCGAUAUUGUGCAUCAUCCCCUGGGUCCACGAACGACAUAAGUUGAAAGAAAGGGCAAAAACUGUUGAUGGAGAAACUACUGAGAAAAUGCUGGAAAAUGAAAGCACUUUGGUGUCAGAUGCCGCGGAAAAGCCAGUCAAAGAAAUGGAAUCAGGUGUUUGAUGCUUUCUUUUCCUAUACAAGAUGGACUUUCUUCUACCAAAGCUACAUUUCUACUUAUUGGCUGAAGAUACUACGUGAUACUAAAGAUGUUCUGAACUGCUGAAAUUGCAAAACUGCUUUAAGAAUCUUUUAUACCAUUGAACUUAUUUUGAUGAGUUGUUGAGUUUGAUUUCAAGCCACGUUUUCAGAGUAUUUGAAGUUUUGUAACAUUAGUGUGUACAUGUGUAGUGAUUCUGUGUGUGAAGAGAAUAUUUUUCUAAUUCAUCAGAAUGUAUUUCUCGGAAAUAUGGAAGCUGUGUUUGGUUCAAUGACCCAGGAUUCCUCAAUAACUUGUGUGCUCCACUCAAUGCAGGCACACCCAGGGAUGUUUUAUACUGGAGCAUUUAGUAGUUCUUAAAACUGAUUUCAUUUUUGAAGUUUCUUGUGCUGUUUUACAGUCUUUCAGAAUUCAGUAUCAUGAUUCUAUUUAGUGGGGAAAUAUUGGUGGUAGGUGGAUGGUUGGACCUGACGAUCUUGAGGUCUUUUCCAAUCUUGGUGAUUCUAUGAUUCUAUGUAUAUGCAUAUUUUAGAUUCCCUUCGCUCUCGCUGAAAUCAUUUAGCAUUACAAAGUUAAAUUAUUAAACAUCUGUUUUGUUUUCUCUAAAACCCCCAGAUGGCUCAGUUUAAUCAUUCACUUUUUGCAUUGAUUCACCUUUUCAUAGUAGCCUGAACAAAGAGAUGACAUUUUGGAUGGAACCAGGUUUUGGAUAUGCACAAACUGAGCUUAGAAUGCAAACGCAUUUGGAAGUACAGCUGCUGAAUUACAGAUUCUUGAUACUUUUUGGUAACACAAAACUAUUGAUGUGUAUGUAAUGUUUUCACCUAAGCGUCACAAUUCCUGAUGGUGGUUUUGAUUUAGGUUUUUGGUUUUUUUCUCCUUAAAACUGAGACAGCUUUAAAGAUAGAUCCUAAGUGCAAUAAUAUGAAAUCGUUCUUGAGAUGUGGAAAUAAAGGGGAGCUAUUAAAACAACGCUCAACAACAUAUUUGCACUAAGUAAACAUGCAGCUUUAUUUUAGGUCUUCACAGCUCUGUAUUGUAUUCAGACAUAAAGAAAUGUCUUUGCAUGUCCUAUUGGUUGCUUAUCAUACUAAAGUAUGUCCUGAUUGCUUAUGUGUUCUUAGGUAUUAUGUACUGUUUGUCAGGCGUGUAUUUCUGGAUAUCUCCUCUGAAAAGUAUUUGAAAACAUGAUACUUUCAGAUGAAAACAACACAGUUUAUCUUAAAAAACACUUCCAAGCGCAUUGCUUUUCAGUGGGUAUGGAUGAAUGGUGCAGUGGGAAUGCCUGAAUAUUCUUGACGUCAAGUCCAUUGAGCAUUUCUGUAGUCUUCAGGAGUGUCAUAGCAAAGAGCAAACUGAAUGCAAUCUGAAGACAAAGUGCACCCUGAAAUGCAGUUUUUAUAAGUGGCAGUGCCUGUUCUUUAUGUGAACCACAGAGAGAUAUUGUUUUAAAAUUAUAUCACUUAAUGUCUCUUCUAUUUCUGUUGUUUUUCUAUUUUUCAGCAUUGUAGUAAACUGCCAAGAAAGCCCACGAACGCUUGUGAUCUGAAACACUCUAUUAGCAGUGCUAUUACUUGAAAUGUUUACAUCUAUCAGCUUAAAGAAGUCUUAAAUGGAAUCACACACAGCAUCCCAAUUAUCGAAGACCAGCACUGAUACUUUGUUUGUAUUGUAGAAUUUCAGUUCUUGUCACAUGGAAUGUUGGAAGGAAUUGGAUUUACAAAGUUAAUGGAGUAGAUAAGCGGGACUUAGAGGUGGAAAACAAUCCUUACAGCAGCCGUCCCUUUGGCUUCGCUGGGACUUGUGCUUCUCCACGUCCCAAGUACUCACGAGAAUUUCAUUAGAACAUUAAUAGCAUUGCUAAUUAAAGCAAGUACCAAAUGCUGCCUUUAGUCCAGAAGCGAUAACAGCAGCUCAUGCUGUUCCAGUCUGGCGUAUCUCUGCAGACGGUGUUUUCCAGCAUUGCCGCGUGUGUGGGCCGUGCAAUGGAUUCUGCUGAUUAAGUGUGAUUAAAAACCUCUCGUUUCCUUUUGCUUUAUGACAAAUGAAUAUUCACCAUGAGUCUUACAUUUCAUGUGUUGUAGCUUUGGGAGUUUGUAACAACAGUUAAAGCUGCUUUUUAGCAUUAGUGUGACUUGAAACUGUCAUGAUGAGACAUCUUGAUGUAACUGUGGCACCUUCCUGACUUGGUGCUCUGAAUAUAUAAAAUAGCCAGGAGAGAAUAUAAAGCAAGUGCUGUUAAGAUUUAUAAAUGUUACAGAAAGAAUGUAACACUAAUAUGGAUUAAUUAUUGUUAGACCCUUUCAAAAUGUAUCCCUACGCAAAAAUUCAAAUGUUCAUAUUUGACUAACUAAAUAUGUGAAUUAUCUUCCCCAGAUCAAUUGCAUUUAAAACAAAACUAAACAAAACAAAAACCCCAAACAGUGGCCUUGGGAAGGGAACUCAGAGGGAAUGAUCACAUAGCAAUGACCAGAGCAAUAUCAGAAACAAAUGCUGAAAUCAGGCGGCGGAUGCAGAGGUAGGACUCGUGAAGUUAAGUUGGUGCGCUGCUGUCGGAAUACUGAACCUAUUGCUGAUGCCAGUGCUUGUUUUACAACGGUGCUGCAACUGAAAAGACUUCCAAAAAAUGAGAUUUCGGAAAAGGCUUUUAAAAAAAUGAAUGCACGAGAAUUCUGAUAGCAUCUUUACUGCCAGCUCACGUCUACUGGGGAAAUGAAUGUCCAGUAGAAAAAAGUCUGUAUUAGACAGAAGCUUUGUGAGAGGAUUGCAUGCUAAAAUUAGACAAGAAGCAGUCAAAAUGAAAGUAAAAUUCAGAUUGUUGGCAGUGAGACUAAUUAAGCGUUGAGAAACUUGCAUAUAGACAUAGUGAGUGCCCUGAGGCUGUGAAAGUGAGACUGCCAAUCCAUCUCCCCUUUCAAAAAAUAACAGAUAAAUGUCCAUCACAAACAGCAGCUGGUUGGUACACUUUAGAAAAAAUGACAGCAUGGUGUAGAAAUGUUUGUUAUUUUGAAAAUUGGGAGGAAAAAGCACCAAGUAUUUUAUUUUGUUUCAUCUGAAUAAAUGUAAAUUUUUUGUAAUUACAUUUAAUUUUAGGUGUGGAAGCCUGGGAAUCUAUUGAAUCUAUUGAACUCUCAUUUUGAUGAUGUAAUGUGUGUCAGAGCUAUUCCUGUUGGGGAUGGAUUCUGUAAUGAAAAUACUGCUUCUGUUCAACAGAAACCCUUAAAUCAUUCUGAGAUGCAGAUGUAUCCCUCUCUUAAGAAGUUUGUGCUUUCAUAUAUAUUGUUGUCUCAUCAUAUAAACAGAAUAAUCCUCUUCCUUUUUUCCAUCAGGUACUUUCAGGGUAAGCUAGAAAAUACUGGGCAGAAACAGCUUCAUUUAUGAUUCAAUCUGUAGUCUUACUCUGUGCUGUGACUGCAUACACUGGAUCGCAAAAGCAAAACUGAUUUUGAACGAGGGUUUGGUUUGAUGGUUUAUAUGGCUGACAGUUGUGAUGCCCUCUUGGUAGGUAUUGAGGUCCUUGGAAAUCUUCUUAAAUCUGUUCAGCAAGGAGUCUGAAAUCGUGCCAAGUCUUCAUAUUCUUAUUUUCAUCUAUGCUAUCCAACAAUAUACAAAGCAAAAUUUAUAAAAAUUAUUGUUGGAUUUCUUCUGGCUAUGUACUUGUAGACUGUUGAAGUAUCAAAGAUCUCAAAUGCCUUCUUUACCAUUCAAAAUUUCUACUUAUUUCCAGGGACUCUUCAUGGACCUUUCUCCAUUGUAGAGUCAAAGGUGGCAUUGCCACGAGUUCUGUUCUGUGAUCAUAUGUGAGGGUCUGUUUGGGAUCAGGUGAGGUAAGCAUUUGAUGCUUUUCUCUUGGAUCCUCACGCAUUAUGUCUGGAUAUGUACCUUCCUAAAUUCUCACUGAAGAUACUGGAUUUUCAAAGCCAAUGCACAUCCUAUUGUGUAUGGAUAGUGCUUCUUAUACCUUGUCCCUGCAUUAAACCUUUGAGCAGUCAUUGCCUGAUGGAGAAAGCAUUCUCAUGGAGUGGGAGAGGAGGCUGAGGCAGCCCAGCAGAAUACUGAGCUGCCCACCCAUAGAUGAAGGCUUUGAUCACAUUCUUAAUGUAUAAAAUAUAGACACCACAGUUUGAAAGCAAAAAUGCCCUGCUCAGUUGCUCGCACCAGGGAGUACAUGCCAGAGGAACAGGAGAUGCAUCCUUGUGGCCUUGACUGGAGAAUCUCAGGACAGAAAUCACUGCUACUACCCUGGAAUCAUCCUGAUGGGUGAGUUUAAGCACUGUGCUGGCAACCCUGCUCAGCUCGUGGGACCCUAUGGGAUCGGGAUCCCACCGUGGGAGCUGACAUCAGGCACCUCAGUGCAUCUGUUGGAACCAACCGUCUGCUAGGGAGAGUGUGCAUGUAUGUGUGCACGUAGGUAAUACCAUGUAGUUUAGCUGGGGCAUACAUGGUCUGCAUUUAACUACAGGAGCUGCAGCACUUGGAUGUGACUGAGAAAAUAAUUUGAUUUACACAUCUCUGUUGACAAGCAUAGCGCCACUACAGUUCCAGACAGUAAGCUUCUUUUAAUGCUGGCAUAUUUUCAGUAUGCCUUUUAGCCUUUUCUAUAUAUUGUGUCAACAUUUUAAAUGUUUCAGAACUUUGCGUUGAGUGAUUUUAUACUGAAAUGUGUGCUAAUACUGGUAACACUGACGUGUUUCGCUGUCUUUAUAGACCUCCUCUUUUGUAUGUUGUUUUGAAUAUUAAAAGAUGCACAUUUUGCCAGCCUUAACUCCGUUCUUUAAGAUUCUGCAUUGUUAGAAAGGUUGAAAGAGAAAAAAACCCAACAUUGUCUGAUGUCUUUCAUUUUGCUAUAAUAAUUGUGACCAAUCUCAAAUUACCCUGAAUAAAGAUGGUAGUUUUUAAGUGC